GCUUCGAUGGAAAAACGAUACUAAUUUGCAGGAAUUUCGAUGGGCCUUUGGCCGACCGGAAGUCCGAUAAGUUGUAUUUCACGUUUAUAUCGGCGAACACUGACGAAAUGCGCCAUAUUGUACAUCCACGGUUAAAACGCUUAAUGCUUCUGUAAUACACGGCGCUGUUGAGUUGUGCUGUAAAAAUUAUUAUUACUUUUAUAGUUUGUUGUCGUUGUAUAAGCUGACAGACAGCAGUGCGGAGAAACCAUGGCUACAGUGUGGCAGCGUGUGAGUUUAGUUGUGUUGGUGGUGGCAGUCUUCUGCGCACUGUGCCAUGGCGGACUGUUGGAGAGAUUCAAGAACAAGAUCUCCGGCCAGAAGCAGGCGGGUUCCGGGGGCGACGUCAGUGUGCCGGAGGGGGCGUACGGCCUGACGGCGGCGGCUGGCUCCCCGUCGGAUACGCAAGGGCACGUCAGACAGACGCAAAUUAAUUCGCCCGUUAUUAUCCUGCCGGGCGAUGGCGGAAGCCCACUGGAAGCUAUGCUGGACAAGCCAAGCGUCAAAUUCCGGCAUUGUCCGAAGAAGACAACCGGAUGGCAGCACGUAUGGGCCGGCAUCGAGAUCCUUGUGCCCGCCAUCGUCGACUGCUGGGUGGAUAAUUUACGGUUGGUUUAUGACAAUGUCACCCGACGGACCUCGAAUUCCCCCGGUGUAAAGACGCGUGUUCCUGGAUUUGGCGGCACUCGCUCCAUUGAAUACCUCACAUCGAAGCCCUUGCCAUCGUCGCGAUACAUGGCUGACUUAGUAGAGCGCCUUGUGUCUCUCGGCUACCAGCGCGGAGUUUCCAUUCGAGGUGCUCCCUAUGACUUCCGGAAAGCGCAAAACGAACAGCAUGAAUACUUCGUCGCCCUGAAAGACUUAGUCGAAGAGACCUACGAGCUGAACCAUCACAGCUCGGUGACCUUUAUCGCGCAUUCCCUGGGCUGUCUGUAUCUGUUGUACUUCCUGCAGCAGCAGCCGCAGGAAUGGAAAGAUAAAUACGUGGCCAGCUUCAUCGGCCUGGGGGGACCGUGGGGCGGGGCCGUGAAGCCGUUGAAGGUGGUGGCUUCCGGUGAUGACCUCGGCAUCAACAUCGUUAGCCACAGCAGGAUGCGGGAUGUGCUGCGAACUAAACCAAGUAUUGCCGUGCUAUUUCCAUCCGACCAGCUGUGGAAGCAAGACGAAGUUCUGAUGUCCACUGCCGAUCGAACGUACACAUUAGGAAAUCUGCGUCAGUUCUUUUAUGACAUCCGUUAUCCAGAAGGUUGGGAGUACUACCAGGAUACGCGACCCAUUGCCAACAGUCGGCAGCCACCCAGAGUGCCGAUGUACUGUAUAUCGGGAACCGGCGUGGAUACACCGGCGUCGUACCAGUACAGCAAUCUCGGUGUGCCCAGCGGUCGUCCCACCGUCGUGAUGGAGGACGGCGACGGAACGGUCAAUCGGCGCAGUUUAGACGCCUGUGGCUGGUGGGGAACGCAGCAAAACGAAACCGUCACAUCCAUGGUCUUUCCCCGCGCCGGUCAUUUGAAGAUGAUCAAGGAUCCGGUUAUACUCGAUUACAUUGUUUCCAUUCUUUUUCCCUAAAAUUUACACUUCAAAUGUCUCUAGUGUUCCAUGCACAGUAAAUGUUCGCAUACAAAUUGAAAUACCCUAUGAUAGUUUUCGUACUUUAAUUUCUGUAAUGGAGUCUUUGCUAGUCACUGUUGCUGUUUUGUUAAAGCGUGCACAACUACACGAUAAAAGAUUGCUUUAGAAGUGAUCAGAAU